AAACUUUUAGGGUGAGUAAAAACUUCAAAACAAGUCUCAAAGAACGAAUUUGUAUCAAUAUCUUCAUCAAAAUCAUUGACAAUUUCGGUAAGUAGAGAAUGCUUGCUCACUUCGAUGUAUUCGAUCGGCUUAGUAAGGAUUUGCAAUUUGCUUUCACGAUAUAAAAGAACCUCUUUUUCAGAACAAACGGUGAACGUUUGUUAAAUUUAGUGGAACAUGGUGGGUCGACAUGAUUUUCAACAAUUCGUAGGGAUGUGUUUCGAUAGGACGUUUUUCGUCGAGGUUCGGAACUGUAGUAAUCAUGACGUAAUCAUGGGACUGAUUUGGACAAACACGCGCUUUGUGGCCGACUACGCCACAUCUGUAGCAGGUGGGGUCCUGAAAUGUGAACCCACCGGCAUAACGACGGUGAUAAGGCUGCGCUGAAGCUUUAGAAUUCCUAUCACGAUUUGCGAAAUUUGGGGGGAAACCAUCCCUUAAAGACUUUAUUUCAUCUGUUAUAAAUCCUGACGCAAUUUGUUACGUAGUAACCUGUAAACUGGAUUUUCUUUACAACUGUUCAAGUUGCUUUGGCUAUCUGCAAUAGUGCGAUCAACAAAUUCAGUACGGCUGCCAAAUUUACUGCUGUGAGGUCAUCUUUUGGCUGAUGCAUCAAAACUUCACUUUUAAUGUCCGCAAGCAACCCGUUAACGAAAUAGUAAAACUGGUCUUCUUUAGAUACACCUAGUUGUAGACAAGUGGUAUCGAUAAAUUCGUUAUAAGAAUUCAAAGAUUCAUGGAGACCCUGUUGUCUCGAAAUGAGUGCCUGUCGUAACCGCCAUUUCAAAUCAUCGGGGGAAAAUCGUUCUUUUAACGCCUUAGUUGAGAGAUCGUUCGAGAGAGAAAUAAAGUCUCGGCAAGUCCCGUUAAAUGACAUGCUAAAGUUAGCGGCCAAACAUGCCGAAUCUAGUUUGCGAUCGCAGCCCUUAAACAGAUUUUCAAAUUUCUAAAGCCAGCAAUAAAUAUCCUGUGAUUCGCGACCGGAAAAUAGUUACAAACGUUCUUCAGCGCAGUCAUGGAGUGUUACGUGAUCAAUAAAAUAACCGAAGUAAUCAUUUUGUCGACUUAUAAGCUGAUUUAACUUACGCAACGCUUCCUCAAAAGACAUAUUGGACUGACACUAAAGUUCACGCUAUCAAGAUUAAAUUAUGUGUAAAUCAUAAAAGUUAAUGAUUUUAAGAUUUGCUUUAAAAUAAGAUAAUAAGCAUAGUAAGAUUUAGCUAGUUAAACAGGACUUAAAGAAAGCAGGAACAAAAGUGAACAAAAGUCAUUUAAGAGUUCGCCAUUAACAAAGUCUUUACACUCAACUGAGUCCGCAGGCGUCAGUGAAGCGGGCGGUUCUCUGUAAAUAUGGAUCCGAGGUCAUUUUCGUUACGUGGCUUGCAAUAAUCUUCAUAAUAUCGAGUAAGGGGACAGCCAUGAAGAAUGAUCGAGCCAUCAAAUAAUCUUCAGCAACUCUUUCCUACCAGUGAUGAGGAACUUUAGUCGCUCGUUGGAGUCGACGAGGCGAAAGGUGCCAGGAUCGUAGCAACUAUUCUCCACCAGUGAUAAAGAGAGGGGCUCUCACAACCAAAUACGUCUUACGCUUAAACUCUUUAUUAUAAGGAGACUUACUCUCUUCACAAUAUUAUUCUUCUGUUAACUUCUAAGCUUUCUUCUUCAACUUAACCUUCAUUCAGUUGAUCUUCAACAGUUCUGUACUUCUUUCUUUCUCUUCUCUUUCUCUCUCUAUAACUGCAUACUCUUUUUUCCUUCAGUUCCUUAGCAGCUCACUAUUUAUUUGUUUGAUGAUGGUCAUUGAUAAUACGUUUACAUACAUUAUAAUGCGUAGGAUGUAUCUGCCAACAAAAACGAUUCGCAAAACCCUGACUAACUAAGUUAAUUACUAAAAAUCUGCAAAUAUUCACAGGAUAAGCAUCUUCGAAGGGACGUCAAGUUUGAAGACGAGAUGUCCCACUCUCAAAAAGCACACUGUUGAUAUUUAUGUUUCUGCAUGCAAAGCUUAUUUCAGGUUAUUCAUCAUAUCGCAUUUUUAAAGGUAAGCACUUAGAAUGUUCUAGAACCUUAAAAGCCUAUUGAUCGGAUAUUUAUCAAACUUUUAUUAACUUUCCCAUAUAUCUUUAAAAUCGGGAAGAUAUAAGUCCUGUAACAUUACCCCCUCGCUUAAUUUCAAUCUCCUGAUUAAACAGAAAGAAACGCAUAUGAGCAUUGAAGACUUUUUGAAGCCGUGUGGAAUUUUCUGAUUGUUUGAUCCAUCGGAAGAGCUAAUUACAAUGAUUGUGUCGUGCGGUAACCCGGGCCUAGUGCCUCUCGCAACGUACACAGAGUGAACAGCUGCUACAAAAAUUACCGGUAACGAGAAAAUAGACCUGUUUAUUAUUCCAAGCGACUUCAAUGAAACGCUUAUUCUGUAUAUAAAUCAGUGAGAAGAAGAAAAAUCAAAUUCAGUCUAAAAAGAAACUAAGUAUUUAGACUAGAAAAGCAAUAGUUGAAGCCGCAACUUCUUCCUUCAAUCUCCAGGAAAAAAAGUUUUUAUCCAAUUGUGGAAACCACAAGCGAACUCCGUUUAAAGAAAUUAAGGUCAGAGUUACUGAGAUCGACUGCAGUCUUUAGGCGAAAAGACAAAAUGGCAAGCUUGUUCCCGUCAACAGGGCUUGACCAAAUUUUAGCAUGAUUGUGAUCAUACUAAAUUCUGGGUUAAGUUUGCAGUGCUGCUUCGCAGACUUUACUAACCAGUGUUAGAUAACAUCUGCGACGCAGGCUACCUUGAUAUUUAAUUUUCAAAAUAUAAAGUAGAAUCACUAUUUUAGUAUUAAAUGUGUUGAGAUUGUUGGAAUUUUGGGUGUUUAAUAGAUGUCUCCAAGACCCACUGUCUCCAUAGACAGGUUGUGUUGUCAGUAGAUGUCAAUUUUGUAUACACUAGCAUUUAAUUCAACUAAUAGGUCACCUUAAGUCGCCUAAAGUCACCAUAAAUCGCCCAAAGUCGCAUAACAAUUUGAGCAAAUUUUCCUAAAGUCGCCAAAAGUCACGGCGACUUAAGGUCCCAGAGAAGGCCUCAUACUGAUAUAGAUAUAGAUCUUUGAAAGAUAAGCACCAAUGGUCCUGACUAUACAGGAAUAUUGUUCACGUUCUCAGGUGUAACAAGAGAAAUAUCACUUCGUUCAAAAAUAUCACGCCGUUUCUUACAAUGCUCCAAUUUAUGGGCUGUGCUUGUAGACUAAUAAAUCUGACUCGUCGCGCUUGUACUGGAGGUGCUCUAUGUUAGAAAUUUCUUGCGAUGCGUCUUCAGUAAAAGACACUUUUACCGUAAAGUAAUCGAAUACUUGCACUGCAGAAACAUAUUGAAUAUCAUUGACGAUACAAUUCGAAUUUUCUUCGAGCUCACAAACAUGAUAUUGAUCCACUGAAAUUUCAAUAAAUGGCACUUCUUGUGCCUGUAAUAUUUUCAUUUUCUGUUGAGGUUAUUUCGGGGGUAUUCAAACUUUUAGGGUGAGUAAAAACUUCAAAACAAGUCUCAAAGAACGAAUUUGUAUCAAUAUCUUCAUCAAAAUCAUUGACAAUUUCGGUAAGUAGAGAAUGCUUGCUCACUUCGAUGUAUUCGAUCGGCUUAGUAAGGAUUUGCAAUUUGCUUUCACGAUAUAAAAGAACCUCCUUUUUCAGAACAAACGGUGAACGUUUGUUAAAUUUAGUGGAACAUGGUGGGUCGACAUGAUUUUCAACAAUUCGUAGGGAUGUGUUUCGAUAGGACGUUUUUCGUCGAGGUUCGGAACUGUAGUAAUCAUGACGUAAUCAUGGGACUGAUUUGGACAAACACGCGCUUUGUGGCCGACUACGCCACAUCUGUAGCAGGUGGGGUCCUGAAAUGUGAACCCACCGGCAUAACGACGGUGAUAAGGCUGCGCUGAAGCUUUAGAAUUCCUAUCACGAUUUGCGAAAUUUGGGGGGAAACCAUCCCUUAAAGACUUUAUUUCAUCUGUUAUAAAUCCUGACGCAAUUUGUUACGUAGUAACCUGUAAACUGGAUUUUCUUUACAACUGUUCAAGUUGCUUUGGCUAUCUGCAAUAGUGCGAUCAACAAAUUCAGUACGGCUGCCAAAUUUACUGCUGUGAGGUCAUCUUUUGGCUGAUGCAUCAAAACUUCACUUUUAAUGUCCGCAAGCAACCCGUUAACGAAAUAGUAAAACUGGUCUUCUUUAGAUACACCUAGUUGUAGACAAGUGGUAUCGAUAAAUUCGUUAUAAGAAUUCAAAGAUUCAUGGAGACCCUGUUGUCUCGAAAUGAGUGACUGUCGUAACCGCCAUUUCAAAUCAUCGGGGGAAAAUCGUUCUUUUAACGCCUUAGUUGAGAGAUCGUUCGAGAGAGAAAUAAAGUCUCGGCAAGUCCCGUUAAAUGACAUGCUAAAGUUAGCGGCCAAACAUGCCGAAUCUAGUUUGCGAUCGCAGCCCUUAAACAGAUUUUCAAAUUUCUAAAGCCAGCAAUAAAUAUCCUGUGAUUCGCGACCGGAAAAUAGUUACAAACGUUCUUCAGCGCAGUCAUGGAGUGUUACGUGAUCAAUAAAAUAACCGAAGUAAUCAUUUUGUCGACUUAUAAGCUGAUUUAACUUACGCAACGCUUCCUCAAAAGACAUAUUGGACUGACACUAAAGUUCACGCUAUCAAGAUUAAAUUAUGUGUAAAUCAUAAAAGUUAAUGAUUUUAAGAUUUGCUUUAAAAUAAGAUAAUAAGCAUAGUAAGAUUUAGCUAGUUAAACAGGACUUAAAGAAAGCAGGAACAAAAGUGAACAAAAGUCAUUUAAGAGUUCGCCAUUAACAAAGUCUUUACACUCAACUGAGUCCGCAGGCGUCAGUGAAGCGGGCGGUUCUCUGUAAAUAUGGAUCCGAGGUCAUUUUCGUUACGUGGCUUGCAAUAAUCUUCAUAAUAUCGAGUAAGGGGACAGCCAUGAAGAAUGAUCGAGCCAUCAAAUAAUCUUCAGCAACUCUUUCCUACCAGUGAUGAGGAACUUUAGUCGCUCGUUGGAGUCGACGAGGCGAAAGGUGCCAGGAUCGUAGCAACUAUUCUCCACCAGUGAUAGAGGGGCUCUCACAACCAAAUACGUCUUACGCUUAAACUCUUUAUUAUAAGGAGACUUACUCUCUUCACAAUAUUAUUCUUCUGUUAACUUCUAAGCUUUCUUCUUCAACUUAACCUUCAUUCAGUUGAUCUUCAACAGUUCUGUACUUCUUUCUUUCUCUUCUCUUUCUCUCUCUAUAACUGCAUACUCUUUUUUCCUUCAGUUCCUUAGCAGCUCACUGUUUAUUUGUUUGAUGGUCGUUGAUAAUACGUUUACAUACCGGUAUAUAAUAAUGCGUAGGAUGUAUCUGCCAACAAAAACGAGUCGCAAAACCCUGACUCGCUAAGUUAAUUACUACAUACAAAUGUGGAAUGUUCACUUAGAGGAUAAGCAUCCUCGAAGGGACGUCAAGUUUGGAGACAAGAAAAGCACACGGUUAAUAUUUAUGUUUCUGCAUGCAAAGCUUAUUUCAGGUUAUUCAUCAUAUUGCAUUUUUAAAGGUAAACACUUAAAAUGUUCUAGAACCUUAAAAGCAUAUUGAUCGGAUAUUCAUCGAACUUUUAUGAACUUUCCCGGCAUAUAUCUUCAAAAUCGGGAAGAUAAGUCCUGUAACAGUGGUUAAAAAAUACAAACUAGCUAAAGACUGGAUACCUUAGGAGAUUGGUAGAUAUAUCAAUGAGAUCAUAAGAAGAGUAGUGCUCCAUAUAUCUCCACAUGAUUCAGAAUUUUCCAAAAGUGUUACCAUGUUGACAAACAUUUCUAUUCGAUAUUUCAGGAAAGGAAAAGAGCGCGUACUGUAGAGGAGAAAAAACAUAUUUUCCGAUUAAAAUACUUUACGCAUGUAAAUAUCAGAGUUAAAUUCGUAAUUUAUCACAUUUGCCUAGAUCAUCUCAUUAUCACUGACGUAAAUUUAAAGAUAUUCCUUUUGCGUUCUGGAGGUGUUACACGUCUGUUCAAUAACAGAGACCCGAGUUUAAUUUGAAGGCAAUGCCCAACAAAUUCAAUUUUGAACUAUUUAACAUAUUGAUAGAACCUAUGGGAGUAUGCCUGACCUGUUUUGGCUCGGCAGCAUUAAAAGAGAAAACAGAACAAUUUCCACUUCAACGCUCGCGGCAUCCUGAGAUUAAUACAUAAAAAGAAAAAGCUAGUGAUCCUGUUUUGUUUUCAAUGUUAGAGCUUAAGUCUUUGUUGUCAUUACGUAUUGAGAUUUCCUGGAGGUUCAAAAAGAGAAAGGAGAAUUCGUCGUUGUAUGUCGUUGCAUAAAACGUGGCAUUAGGAGGUUUCACGUCGUAGUCGUGCAGUGGAUGUUUACUAAAAAGCGUGAUGCACGCGCAGAGCUGUUGUUUUUCUCAUAAAACAAAUUUAAAGAUUUCGUUGUGGUUGUCGUGGUUGCUUAAGCCCCUUAUUACAAAAAGAUCAACUUCCUCUCCAGCGCUAGCUUUGUUUCCAAGGUUACUGAAGCCUUAUUCGUCUUAUCACAGAAGCUGGGAAUAAGAAUCAUUGCGUGACAGAAGCCACGCAUGUUUUGCGAAGAGAGCUUAGGAGAGAUGAAAGAUUAAAUUUAGAGCUUUUCCGAGACGUGUCGGUCCCCGAAUUUUAUCGCUUGAAAGCGUUGAUUACUUUGGAACAAGUGGACACUGCUGAGUGGUCGAAAAAAAAUAAGAAUCGUAAUUGGCAAAACUGCGAUGGUCGAUUGUUAACUCUCAUUAUAUGCAAAUGGUCUUGUGAUGAACAUGCGGUUUAUUUUUGGCGAUGAUGGAAAUGAAGUGCCAUGAAAAUCACUUUUUGAUCUCUGGCAAUGAUGUAAUUUAUCUGGAAUCGAGGCCUUUGCGACCGCAGACAUAUUUCCGGUCGCCCCUAACACGCGUACUAAAUCAAUGCAGAAACAAUAAAAAGUACUAGAAAUAUCAUGAAGAAUACUCGACGUCGAUAGAGUAGGAAGGAAAAAACCUUUAACGAGUAAAUCCUGUUUCGUGUAGAAUUAAUCGCCUCCUCAUUUCUUGAUCUAAUCUCCAAGCAAGCGAGACUGAAACUCGCUGUAAGAGCGUUCUUGUUUUCUCUAAUACUGUUAACCACAUAAAAAGAUACAAAGUGAGCGAGUGUCCUUCAAUCAUUCUUUGAUGUUUACCUUUGUAGGUUUCAUUCAAAGUUAUGUGUUCGCUGAUGUCUUCCAUGUUAAUUGCCUGGAUUCUUACCCUGGGGCUGGCCCAAGAUGCUGAUGCCCAAGUUAAUAUUAAUAUCAACAUCCAUUUUAACGACGGCUGUGUGUCGGGCAAGAUGCAAGUGGAAGAGCAAUCAAGGGGUAUUAUUCGUGUCUCCGAACUAUCUCCUGGUGACAUCAUACGCGGAAUCACAGGAUUGGAUCAGACCUCUAGCUGGUGCAAGGUUGAAGCCGUUAAUCCCACAACGGACAGCGACAAUGUGACCUCAUAUGACGGCUUCACUGAAGACCACAUGGUUUUUGAGAACAGCACUGUGCGUCCAUAUGGAAAGAGAGGUAAAGUCAGCCAAUCUAAAGUCUAUACUCUUGCCACAGAAUGCGACGCCGCAACAAACGUUGAGGGCCGUGUUUUCACACCGAUAAGCACGACUUUUUGCCCCCAUGAGCUUGGCUGGAGCGAUUACCUGCUACUAACGGCUGCAAUGCGUCGCGUGACCCAACGCACCGGGUACUUUUGGUACUCUCUCGAUGUUUUUCACGACAACCAGACUGCUAAAGUUCCCUAUUGGAGGGAUAUGCUUCAUGGCAUGUGCACAGAGUUGUUGCGAUGCGCACGCGAGGGGCAGUGUCAAGAAUCUGAGAACAUGAUGGAGGAGUUUGUACACGCCCAUCUUAACAAACCCUACAUGGUGAUAGUGGAUCGCGUGUUCCCCAACAUUGGUGGCGACGUGGAGAAGUCAGAAGCUGGUACCGUGUCGGAGCUUGUCCGUCCCCGAGGAAAAAGCAACAUUCUCCUCUUCUCUGCUGUGGGUUGCACCAUAGCUUUGCUCCUGUUGAUCGUCAUUUUGGCUGCCUUAAUGUACCGCCUCCGAGUCCUCAAGAAGAAAAAGCAAAUCAAGGAACCACAUUCGACCCUUCCUGCAGAGGAUGUGAAGGCAUAAAGAGAGGGCUAAACAAUUAUUUCAGCCUUUCUCACUCAUUUUAUUACUGAUCACUCUAUUAAGUAGUAUAGUUCGAGAGGCUGUUAAUAGCGUUGUGUGUAAAAGACUGUUUUACAGUGCGACUACUGUAACCAUGGCCACUUAGACAAAGUUGACCAAUCGGAUUACAGGAAAAUAACAAAAAAAUAAACUGCAAGAACGUUGGUUGUCGGCCAAUCAGCAGUUCGUAAAAAACAAUAAGUUACUCGAUACACAGAAUUUAAUAUUGAUAGCAAACGUUUUUAGGGAAACCAAAAGGUUUCACCAGACAAUGUUUUUCUAUUCGAAACUUUGCACACAACACCCAGAAGACAUAUUUCUUUGACACAAGCUAUUAUUUUGUCAUCUACCAGCAAUUUCUUGCCUCCUAUUGCCGCGCUUUGCAAUAACAUGCGACCACAAGUCAAAAAUAUAACUACCGUUUACGUUUUUCGCCUCCGUCACUCACGCUAACGGACUUCUAGGGAAACACGUCCUUUCUUCAGCGGGUUCAAAAAGUCACGUCUGUAGGCUGUAAUUGGUUGAUUUCGAUCCAUGUUGUUGAUUUCGUUUCGUGGUAGUUAUGAUCGAUAACUAACUUUCUCGGAAUGUACUGAUAUUUUCCUGUAAUCCGAUUGGUCAACUUUGUCUAGGUGGUCCCGGUUACAGUAGUCGCACUGUAAAAACUUCUACAACUGUUAACAACUUUAAGCUGUAGACGGGAAUACGCAUAUUUCUUGAAUUGUAUUAUCUCUGAUUGUUUCCAUUUUCUUUAGCUUACAUGCAAUAUCCGGGUAGACCUUCAAACUUGCCUACACUCUUUUAUAAGAAUAUUGAGUCUGAAAUUUGCGAAAUUUUAAGAAUAUUUUAGGAAUAAACCCGGGGCUGAGAAUUUGAAAAGGAUUUGAAAUAUCUGUAAAUGCAGUACAUUUUAUGUUUUAACCGUAGAAAAUUAUUCCUAAAACGGCAAGAACACUGGUAAUUGAAAUCCUAAUACAUUAUAAAGCGGAAAUGCCAUAAGCUAUAAUUUAUAAUUAAGAAUAAUUCAAGAACAUUUUCAGCCUAAAAUCGACAAAAAA